GCGGUCGCUUGUGCGCGCUGGGUAAUGUGAAUGGGAGCUGUCCAAUCAUUGGAAGCACUGGGCUUGCGUUGUUGAUACUAACUCGGGCUUGUCUCAGAGAGAUCGACUCACAAGGUUACAAAGUACACACUUUCUCCCAGCUCCAAGGACGGCUAUGGUUCGAAUUGUCACGCGGUUGCUGCAACGGACUUGUCUCAGCCGACAGAUCAGCGUCUUCGCUCAAGUGAACAUCUGUCAAAGAACCGUCCCGAGAAAGAUGCCAGUCCACGUGUCCAGGAUAAUGCGUCCGGAUGAUGCAAACAUUGCAGGGACCGUCCAUGGCGGAACCAUCCUGCGCAUGAUAGAGGAGGCCGGCGUCAUCAUCAGCACACAGCACUGCAACAGCAAGCCGCAGCAGGCUGUGAGUGGAGAGGGGAGAGUUGUUCACAGCUUGGUUCCCACACACACUGGGAGAGGACCGCUGCUCUUCCCCAGUGCUCUUACCAGCCACCUACCACCACCACCACUCAGCACACGAGCUCAAACCCCCCUCGCCCAGCACGAGAACUGCGUGGCGGCGUUGGCACGUGUGGAGCGCACGGACUUCCUGUCGCCCAUCCUGAUCGGGGAGGUGGCGCACGUGGCGACGCACAUCACCUACACUUCGAAGCACUCGGUGGAGGUGCAGGCGUUGGUGACGGCCGAGAAUCUGCUCAACGGCAGCAAGCGCGUGACCAACAAGGCCACGCUGUGGUACGUCCCCCUCUCCAUCAAGAGCCCGGACAAAGUGCUUCCCGUCCCGCCCAUCGAGUACGGAUGCGAUGAGGAGCGCGAUGAUGGCCAGACGAGAUACGACGCCCAGAAGAGCGCGAGAGUGGAGCUCAUGGCGAAACCGGCGUUCUCCCUCACCCCUAUCAUCAGUCCCGAGUGGCGGAGCAAGGCGGAGACGCACACCGUGGGCUACAGCCAGUCCAGCCUGAUCCAUCUCGUGGGGCCUUCGGACUGUGCCAUUCACGGCUACGUGCAGGGGGGUGUGACAAUGAAGCUCAUGGACGAGGUGGCCGGCAUCGUCGCGGCGCGUCACUGCCAGACCAACAUCGUCACGGCAUCCGUGGACGCCAUCAACUUCCACCGCAAGCUGCGACUCGGCAGCAUACUGACGGUUACGGGCCGCCUGACGUUCACGAGCGCCAAGUCGAUGGAGAUCGAGGUGGGCGUGGAGGCCAACGCGCUGCUGGGGGACGGCAGCGAGGAGGAGGCGGAGGCGGAGCGCGUGUGCGCCGUCAGCGCCUACUUCACCUACGUGUCGCUCGCCAAGGACGGCAAGCCCCUCGGUGUGCCGCAGCUCAAGCUGCAAACGGAAGACGAGAAGCGAUGCUUCGAGGACGGGAAGGCUCGCUACAUGCAGAACAAAGCCAAGCGCGACGCCAAGAAAGGGGGCAGCGCUUAAGGGGGGCCGUGGCGACGUGCCGGCUGUGCCCUUGUGAGGCUGCAGGGAACCUGGGUGGUUGUGUUGUUGUGCUUUAAAUAAAGUUAGGCUCCGAACACACACACACGUACCAACCGACACUCGCACGCACACACGCAACACACUCGCACCACAGCACGCAAUACACACACCACAUUCGUAGAGAUGAACCCGAGGUGGCGGAAGUGGGGGGGAUCGCAAGGAAACCGGCACCCAACCCCCUCUGCGGGCCUUCAGGGGCCCGCGUCACUUGCGUGCCGCGUCACGUGUGUGCCGCGUCACAUACGCGUGCCGUUUCGCGCGUGGCGCGCCGCGUCGAAGGUGCUGCCCAGCUGUGAGGGGGACAGCUCGGUGAGAACAUCGUGCGCGCGAGAUUUUAGGCGACCAUGAGCAGCGUGAAGCAUCUCUCGACAACCGCAGAUUCCGUCCCGUUUAGUUUCGUCGUUAAGUGAAGUCGAUCAUCAUCCCCCGCCGCCGCCAUCAGCCCCUCCCCCCCCCCUUUGUUACUGCGGGGCCUUUUUCAAUCCACUGCUGGAUGGAUUAUGGCCUUCUCACGCCCCACGCGGGUCGCGGAGGUUCGUCGCAUCGUGAUUCACCGCGCUCGUCAGUGCGGGGUCGGCGAGGUGCAAUAGCAGUGCAGCGCAACAACAACAACAUGGACGUUGUUGCUGCUUCCGCGCACAACGUGGCGAAGCUUCGCCUGUCGCUCGUUCCGGUCGCCGGCCAUUCCAGCAGCACCCCGGCCUCAGCCCCGAUGUCUGACGGCAGAUUCGGUCCUGGGCAACCAUAUUGAGGGCCGUCGUGGGCUGUGUAUGAAUAAUUAUUAACCAUACGUGAGCCAAUUAACAGAACCACUUUAGGCAGCUGCUGGCAUUGAUUGGAUUGUCGAAGUCUCUGACUGCUGUUCCCCCUCCCACCGAUCUUGGCGCCCCUCCACCCCAGCGAGAAUCCACCCCCGUGUGAAUGUCUGCACACAGACCCUCACACACACACACGCACUCACACACUCACUCUGACAGACUCUUACACGCACUCACACACAGACGCUCACACACACACAGACUCUCACACACACGCACUCUCACGCACUCUCACACGCACUCACACACUCACACACACACUCACUCUCACAGACUCUCACUCACACGCACUCACACACAGACGCUCACACACACAGUCACACGCACUCACAGAUUCUCACACACAGACGCUCAGCUCACACACACUCUCACAGACUCUGACACACACACAGACGUUCACACACACCCUCACACACAGACUCUCACACACGCACUCACCUGUCAUUGCACGAGAGGGAGACGACGCAUCGGCAAGAGCCAAACGGCACUCCCCUUGUAGUUCACCCCCCAGAGUGCGCGUGUGUGUGUAUGUGUGUGUGUUCCCCGCGCUGCCCUGACGUUGAAACUUCAUGAACGAGAACAGCAAGCACGCUGUAGUAACGUGUUUGCGAUUGGGGCCCACUACUCUACGUUGCUCACGAUAUAUCUUGCUUAGACGAAGAAAGCGCUUUCUGGAAAUAUUAUGAUAUGGUUGUAGACAGGCAAAUCCUUUCUCUUUGCUUUCUCUCCUCUAAGUUGAUGAGCGCACACUGGAGGUCGAAGACAGUUUCAAGGCAAAGGUGAGGCCCUGCAAUGUCUCGCACGUGGUAACACUGGUGGCAGGAAUGGCCUUCGCUUCGAGGGAGCUGUGCACACAGCCCAUUCAGAAGCUCUUCCAAUAAUCACUUAAAAAUAUAUUUUUGUUCCCAAUUAACGAAGUUUCAUAUGCACUUUGGUGACAGUCAGGAGACACGGGCAGCCCUCGUGUGCGUCUACAGCAGGGGUCCGGCAAAGCAAAAUAACAACAAGAGCCAUUUUUUUAAUCCGGUAAAAAAAAAGCCGCAGUAUUUCAAGAGCCGCAGUGCACGUGGUGAGCGCGAGACGGUGUUCGUCACUAAAUCGCUGUCACGAAGCAGUUCCUUAAUGAGCCGCAGGCAAUUACCGACCCCUGGUUUACCGGAAUAAAAUAGCCAUGGUUUGGGCUGCGUCUUCCUAUCAGCAAUGCUGCCACUGGGGAGCCGGGCACUUGCAUGGGGGCAGGCUACGGACGUGCGUCGGUUGUCAACCUGCGGUAACCCGGAGGCAGCCGCGGGGGCGCGCACCCACGGCCAUCGCUUGCACGCAGCGCAGCCGGGUCGUGCGAGUGAAGAUGCACGGCGUCUUGCGGAGUUACCCUCGCAGCUUCGCGGGCGGGCGAUGGUUCACCGUCACUGCGCGCGCGCGUCUCCCCGGUCGCGAUUUUCGCAGCCGCCGCGGUUCAAAUGCGCGUGUCGCUCAAAUGUCGUGGGGGGGGGGGGGACAAUCCAGCCAACCUGCCGAUGAGGGGUGGCCAAAAAUUUGAAGAAUAGAAAUUCACGGCGGAACUUGCGGAUGGCACGGUGAACGAGGUUUUAGUUGAGACGACUUAUUUUGCGAACUGAAGCGCAGAUAAAUCAAAGGGCUAUCGCACAGACAUGUUGCGUCGGUUUGGGCAAACGGUAAGUAUGACAGAUCUUCAACUUCAUCAUGGUCAGCCGUGGUCAGUCCACUGCUGGAUGCAGGCCUCCCCAAGUCGAUCUCACCAGUCCAUCUCCUCCUCGACUGUUAGGAAAAGAAAGCGUGUGUGGGCAGGACGCGUCACGAGAUGAUGGAUCGUCGUUUUGAUGGUCUUAAAAUGAUGAUCGCGUAGAAAUAGCUGUGGUCUUAAAACGAAAAAGAUAUCAUAGGCGACGUUUCUGGUAAUGGCCCUUCAUAGCCUGUAAUUUCAAGAAUGUAACAAUCGUCUUGCCGUAGCGGAAGUAACAUGUUUGUGCAAUUAGCCCAAAACGGACAUUCCGAAAAUCAAAGUUAUUUAAUUCUUAUCGUUUUUAUUUGCACAUUUGGUAUUGUGGAUUUAAAUACCCCCUUUGCAUGUCAUUGAGGUUUACGGGUUCUGAACUCCUUGUCAUCCAAUGAGGUUCACAAGUUCUGAAUUCCAGAUAUGCAAUAAUCUCUCCUUGUUAUCCAUGGAGGUUUAGAGGUUCUGAAUUCUAGAUCUGCAGUAAGCUCUCCUUGUUAUCCAUUCCGUGGUCACCGGCACGCCCCACAUCUGUUACCGUAACCACGUGCGUGGCGUUGACCAAUAGCGAAAAAAGCUGAUUUUAGCGUAAGUACUCAAAUCUAGUUUUAAUUCACGGUAGCGUGAUUUGUUUAAAUUUUUAUUUAGUGUCAUGAAACAAGCCAGUAUUGUUUUAUAUUGAAAAAACUCCCUCGCCGUUGUAAACAUUUACCUGAAGGAUGCCGCACACUCUCAAAGCGUGCUUGCCAGCAUCUCGCGGUGCGGUCACAUCGAGACGCGCCUGUACGAAUCGCACCACGCGCCCAAUUCUCACGGCGGUUCUCUUGGCCCCUCCGAUAGAAAGUCCACGCGGGGUUUCCAUUCCAUCGCUGCUCACACGAACGGCGGUCCGCCUCGCUGCAAGUCGACGCAUUCGCGCUGCGAACGCGGAGGAAUUGACACGCGGACGGGCGUCACGUGGGCAUCGACCGUUCGCCACGCGCACACAAAGCACGCGGUGCGGCCUUUGGAUGAUGGGUUUCGACAGAGUUGAGCGGGAAAGUUGAAAGGCAAAUACUCUAUAAAAUCGCGAAGUUAGAAAAAACAUAAAACAAAUCACGACGUUUCGAUCGCAACACAAGCGGUCGUCAUCAGGCAAAGAAGUCGGCCUCUAAAGGCAAACUGUUAAUAAGGGUUUUAUUUUAUUUUCUAACUACGUGACUUUACCGAAAGAACCAAAGAGUGGAUUCCUGCAGUCACGAAAGCUUCAAAUCAAGAUUAAAAGCCAAAUGUCACGCCGACGGAGGAUGUGGAAGAGCAAACGCCACGAGACGUUUUAAACCGUCGCGUGUAACCCAACGUUCGCGCAACGUGUGUGCACCGCACGUUUGUGAGGAUAGCUUUAAUUAAACCAACACAAUCGACAACUAUCCAGGAAAAGAAAUACGUAAAAAAAAGUCAUAACAACAAUCAUAUUCUAACAGAGACGUCAGUCACUUGCAAGCCUGGAGUCCAGAAGGGCACUGCCCACUCAGAGUUGUCUCGCGACGGGAGAGUGUUGGAGGAGUUCUGUUGACGGCGCAACACACACAUUGUAUUUAUUCCAAAGCUGUGUCGCAAUUAUAAAGAUAACGCGUGCCGUGACCGCCACGAAAAGGCGAGACGUUGACACGGUUGUUGAUGGUUGAUUUGCAGUUUCGGCGACAAACACAUGCACUCGUGUUUAAAGUGUUCUGAUAACCUAAUGUAUUCAAGUUUAUCGGGCAUUGCUUUACGAUGAUGUAUUUAUGAAGGUAUUCAUGAUUAAGCAAACGUAUAUCGAAUGACUCAAAUAAUUAUAUUAUCCAUAGUAUACAUUAUUAUAAUGAAUACAAAAACGUAUUUUAAUUAAUAGAUAUUUUACUUUGGCUUGCUCACUGAAAAUUCCCCGACCAAAAAAAGCCUUUACAUUGCCAUAACUUAUUCAGUAGUGAGAGAUAUGUUACCAGUUUAUGGUGGUCAUGUACCCUUGCAUAUCGUGCCCUGUGUGACGCUACCGCUGAUGCGAUUGUAUUUGUCCCAGAGAUCGAGUGAAAUAAAUACGUAGACAAAACACUUAUCCUGAA